CGUAUGUGUUUCAACCCUACGUCUGAUUCUGAACCUCGUGGGCCUUAAGGUGUGUAGCAUUCCUGACGCUAUCAAGACCAUCUGAGCGCGGUUUUAUGGUCAUCGGUCUCAAUGCCAACAGGCUUUUCAAGGUUGGAGGCAACGGACCGCCGUCCCUUUCACAUAUUUUGGACCAUUUUUCCGGGUUUUACCCUAAUCUAUAUUGGAGUAUCAUUUGCUUAUUUCUCAAGCGACAUAAUGACUCUCAUUUUCGCGGAUAUACCUUGGUAAAGCCAUAAAACAUCAUGAAUCUCCGGGCCGCCCGCAGCACAUCUUAGUCCUAUUAGACGUUGCCGGUUGUUACCUUCUGGGGCCCCACCCCCAUGGCUGCCAGACUGGACAUUCUCCUCUUGUUUCUGUUCACUGUUGUCCCUUGUCUAACGCUCGGAGCUGCGUUCGAAAAACGGACCACUUGUACCCCUACUUCUCAUGGAGAAGCAGGAGUUGAUGACGUGCCUUCCAUCACAGAAGCCAUACAGAGUUGUGGAGAUGGAGGUAUCAUUCUUAUCCCUGCUGGAGUUGUAUUUCAAUUAGGGUCGACGUUGAGUUUUGCGGGCUGCAAUAAUUGUGAGAUGCAGCUCGAGGGAACCCUCAAGUUGACGGACGAUCUCGAUGCUUGGGACGGUGUCAAAGCCAUUAUUUUACUCGACGAUAUCACUGGCGCGACCAUUCAUUCUGUCACGGGAGCUGGACUCCUCGAUGGCAAUGGUCUCCCGUAUUGGACAGAAUUCAACGAGGAUAGCAGUUACUCUCGUCCGACACUGGUGUACAUUGACGGAGGUUCAGACAUCACGAUCGAGAAUCUUCUCGUUCGAAACGCACCAAACGUGUUUAUGUCUGCUGCUGGAGAUGCCACGAACAUUCAUUACAGUGGGCUCACCAUGCAAGCCAUCCCUUCAAACGGCGUAACCCCGAAGAACACAGACGGAUUUGAUAUCGGUCCUGCGUCCCAAGUAACAAUAACGAAUGUCGUUGUGGACAACCAAGACGACUGUAUAGCUUUCAAAGGCGGCGCGAAUUUUGUGACAGUCACCGACAUAAGCUGUAGUGGCUCUCAUGGACUCUCCAUUGGAAGCUUAGGUGAAGGGACGAGUGGUAAUACCGUCACAAAUAUCUUUGUUUCAGGUGCAACAAUGACUUCUUCCUCUAAAGCUACUGGUAUCAAGCUUUGGGACGGUUCAUCUGGCCACGGUGUCGCUACUGUUAACAAUGUCACCUUUAACGACAUAACAGUUGACAGCUCUGAUUAUGCUGCUCAAAUUCAAGUUUGUUACGAAUCCACAGGAACAUGUGUGCCCAGUGCACACAUGCUCACUGAUAUUGUAUUUUCCAACUUCAAGGGUACAACCUCGGGAGCUGAAGGGUCCGUUGUAGCCAACCUCGACUGUCCCGCAGAUGGGACUUGUGGGAUUAUUUUCGAAAACUUUGAGGUGAAUCCUCCAUCGGGUUCCGCGGAAGUCCUUUGCUCUAACGUCCCGAGUUCUGCUGGUAUCACCUGCGCUGGGGCGGCUUCGGGGUGAUACUGUACACGUGUUGUAGGUUCGUAUCAUGGAUGCGAUUCCAAGUGUCGUAUCAUUUUUGUACCGUUGCCUGCAAUUCAAAAUUCCUUACUCGGUAUAAUAUUAGUAAGAAACCUAACAUUCAA